AUGCAUACGCCUCCGUCGAGGAGAUGGCAGUCCGCCGAAACACCGGAAUUGUGGAAGCUUCAGAGAGAGGGAUCGGCCUCCAGGAAUCAGAUGCCUGCAGCCUCCGUUCAAACGCCCGUGCAUGAGGAAGUACAGGCAGACGCACCCGACAGCGAGUCGUCCUCAAGCUCCUGCACAAGCAGGCCAAGUCCAACCGACACUGCCAAGAAGAAGAAGACGAAGUCCAAGAAGAAGAAGUACGACAGGAGGCGCUCCAGCAGCAACUCGUGUGCCUCUGGCAAGUCGCCGGCGCGCAGCCGUACGCCCACUCGAUCGAACAAGCAGAAGGCGUUGAGCGCAGGUUUGAAGGACACCCCGCCAAAAUCGCCAAAGCUGCGCGAAGUUCUAACGGGAUCUGGCCAGCAGGGGUCCGGGAAGCCGGACGAGCCGGAUGUUGGCCAUCCGAUGGCUACAGCAGAUGACAGAGGGUGGGAGUCGGGUUUGUCAGGCUCUAGCCAGCAGACGAUGCCUACAGCCUGGCGUCAGACGUCAGUGGAUGAGGCUGGGGAGGUAGCAACACACGAGAGCAUGUCGCCAUCGCCCUCGCGCACAAGCAGUCCUUCGCCACCGUUGCCCGGCAGCAGCAGUUUCAAAGACGAGUUGGAGGUGCGCUUGCCGGGUUCAAUCGACACUGCCUCCAAGUGGAAGAAGAAGACGCACAAGCCAAAGAAGCACAGGGACAGGAGCAAAGCCCCUGGCUUCGAUCUGACGAAGAACCCUGGCCAGGAAAAGAACGUCGUGGUUGGCUUCAUGCAGCGAUUGAAGCACGCUCAACAUGGCAAUAACAGCCUCCACCAUCUUGGAAUUUGCUACAACACCGUGGAGGUAAAGCAGGGCGACGACAACUGCCACCAGUCAACCUUGACCAUCACAGCUGAAGAUAGGGACGGAGCUCCCUAUGCGUGGAGUGGGCAGGAGUUCAGGGGCGAGGUGAUGCGGAAGAAGGCGGCGGCAGAGAAUGCAGCCGCCAGGGCGUUUCUCGCAGAUGCUGCAGUUCAACGAGCGGCUGCAAACAUGGAUCCGCCGAAUGAGAAACAGCUUUCCCACAACCAGAAGCAAAGGUUCGUGGUUUUGAAAGAGCUCAAACGAGCCCAGAAGGCUGCGAAAGCUGCGGCGAGACAAAGACGCCCUUGCAUCUGCAAGCAUGUCCGCGGCCCGUAG